AUGGAUGAAAACAAAAAUUCAGAUUGGUCAUUCGGAAUAGAUUUCAAAAUUCAAUUCAGUGAUGGUGAACUUGUUGAUAUGCAUUUUAAUUCAUCAGAUACGGUUGAAUCCAUCCUUAAAUAUAUUCAAAAUUUACCCAAUAGGCUACCAAAGGAAAACCAAGAAAUAAUUCUUGUUUUUGCAGGGAAAAAGCUCGAUUUAAAUGAAAAAAUCAGCAACAUAAACUUGUUUGAAGGUGCAACAUUUAAUGUUUUUUACAAAUACAAAAAAUGUGAUACACCAAACUUCGUAGAACUUCGAGGAUUUAAUAGAUUAGCAAGAAUGGGCUAUACAAGUUCAGAUAUAAUCUCAUUUAGAAAUCAAUUUUAUAAAAUUCAUCAAAAACCCGAAACAGAAGAAGAGCAAUUAGAUAUUGAAGAUGAUUGGCUACCAGCAUUGAUAGUUGCAAAUGGAAUGCACCUUGAUCAAGAAGAAAAUUUGAAUAAUGUUGAUCAAGAAAACAGAAAUAUCACAGUUACACAGUUCAUGCCUUUUUUGGUAUAUUUUUAUUUGAUUAUUAUAGGUGUGGCAACCUUAUUUUUUAUAUCUUAA